GGUGACUCCUCGGUUUACCUUAUUUCCGACAUCACUUGAAGGCAGCACUCACCUCGGAGCCCGACCUGAGCCGCGCAUGCGCCCCCAGCAGCGGAACCCCCCGUGCACGCAGCACUGAGGAUCCGGUAAUUAACACAACGAAGAUGCGGAAAAGUGUGAAGAGAUGAGCCGGAGCCCCGGAGCCCGUGGAGCCGGAUGACGUGACCGCUGCAGAGCUGCUGUCAGCGGGGUAAACUUGUGCCUUCGGUCGCUGAGACUCGAGAGAGGCUGCACAAACUCCUGGAGCUGCCCAAGAUCUUCAGAGGAGGAAGUGGUCAUGCCUCCCACACGCCUCAGCAGGAGAGAGCAGAGGAAGCUGCUGACGUCACUGGCCGGAGAGCUGGUGAUCAUGGCCGGGACCGUCAUGCUGGCCUACUACUUCGAGUACACCGACACCUUCAGCGUGCACGUGCAGGGCUUCUUCUGCUACGACACCACCUACACCAAACCUUACCUGGGACCGGAGGACAGCAGCGCCGUCCCGCCCGUCCUGCUCUACGCCGUGGUCGCCGGGCUGCCCACGCUGAUGAUCACGAUAACGGAGACCGUGCUGUUCCUGGUCCAGUACACAUCCAAAGAGUUCGACCGCUCAGAGAAGACGGUGGCCACCGGGGACUGCUGUUACCUCAACCCGCUGGUGCGCAGGACCUUCCGCUUCCUCGGAGUCUACACCUUUGGCCUCUUCACCGUUGACAUCUUUGUCAACGCAGGCCAGGUCGUGACAGGAAACCUCGCCCCCUACUUCCUGACGGUCUGUAAGCCAAACUACACAGCGCUGGGCUGCCAGCAGGCGCUGCGCUACAUCAGCCACCAGGAGGCGUGCACAGGAAACCAGGACGACAUCCUGCGGGCCCGUAAAACCUUCCCGUCCAAGGAGGCUGCGCUCAGCGUCUACGCUGCCCUCUACCUGGCUAUGUACGUGACCUGCACGGUGCAGGCCAAGGGAACCCGUCUGGCCAAGCCGGUGCUGUCGCUGGGCCUCAUGUGUCUGGCCUUCCUCACCGGCCUGAACCGCGUGGCUGAAUACCGCAACCACUGGUCGGACGUCAUCGCCGGCUUCAUCAUCGGCACGGCCAUCGCCACGUUCCUGGUGGUGUGUGUGGUCCAUAACUUCAAAGGAAAGUUGCUGCUGAGUGAGGAGUCACCAGCGGAGCAGCGGCCCAACACCGGCAUGCUGAACAUGGGCCGAGUGGAGAGUCCUCUGGAGAAGUACAUCGCCUCACAGAAUCACAUCGCCUUCGCUGAGGUCACAUGACGUGGAGUCGGCCGUGUGGCAGACCCAUUGGACGUCCACGCUCUUCACCGUCCAAUCCAAUUAACCGGAGCGCAGCGCUAAACCCAUUCUGUGUGUGUGUCUGUUCUGCGGUAUGUUGUUCUAUGUCGUCUUUAUCGGGCCCCGUUGUCAUUCAGCUUCUUGUAUUUAAGGAAAAAAAGAAAGAGACUCAGCCGGACCGGCUGCUUCUGCCUCCUCCAUCUAUGCACUUACUCAGAAUCCCUGACAGAAUCCAAAACCCGGAGCGGACUUGUUGCACACUGGGACACGAGAGGAACGAGUGAAGAGUCUCCACUCUGAGGUCAAACUUUUCCUCUUGGUUUAUUUUGUGUGUGGAAAGUGUCCGGUCAGCUGACUGAGAGUCUCUGAACCUCUGGUGUUUCCUCCUUUCAGCUUCUGUUGUCACAUCAGCUUCAUAACGUUCAGAGGAACAGCUGUGAACAUCAGGAUGACGCUGACCGCUGGGCCCAUAUUUAUCAAACUAGUUCAGUGAAAUAUUGGACCUAAAUCAAAGAUAAAACUAAACACUCCUGAUGCUAACAGCUGCAGGUGGAUCCAGUUGUUUAAGAGAAGCAUCUUUGGUUCUAGAUCAGAGAUGGAGGAGAACACUGUUCAGUGUGUCACAGGUCACGAGGAGCAAAACAUGAAGUCAAGCAUCAGGAGGUCAGGACCAGGACGAGGGUCUGAUCCAGAUGUAAUGUCACAUGUGGAUCAGGUCUCAGUAACUGUCUCAGUAUCUAAUCUCAUAUGAACCUGAUCCAUAAACGUCUCCACAGACGCAGCCUGGUUUUCACACUUCAUGUCUCUUGAAUAUGUUGCUGAGCUAGCUGCUAACUGGCAGCUCGGUGGGUUACUGUGGCUAAUGUUAGCAUGUUCAUGGCUAUCAGGUAGUGAGUGUUUCAAAGGCCCACAGGUGAAUCAGAGCAGCACCUGUACAGUGUGUGAACAUAUCUGUUUACAGCUGCACCUUCCACAACACCUGUUCAUGAGGUUUGGGAAGUGUGCACGUUGGCUCCUUUACAUCCUGUGAUUACCCACAACACCUUUCUCUCUACUAACCCUAACCCUGCGGUGAAGUCAGACACUUCAUCAGCUCAUCACCUAAAGUUUAACUUUGAUAAAUAUGGGCUCAGAUCAAAGCAGCCAAUCAGGAGAGCUGCUGACAUCAUGUGUUUGUAGUUGUGUCAUUUUGUUCUCUAUGAGGGUUUAGAGUGUGUGUGUGUGUGUGUGUGUGUGUGUGUGUGUGUGUGUGUGUGUAUGUGUGUGUGUGUAUGUAUGUAUGUACACACACAUAUGAAUGCAGUCAACUCCAACCAAUGAAAACACUACACAAAGCUGUCAAGGGUUUCUCAGCCACUCGAGACAAUCACCUCCCCCCCCCCCCCCCCCCCCCGUCUUUAUCUGUUUCUCUUUAUCUUAGAAAAUAAAAUCUACAGCUGAGAUUUUCCCUCUUCUCUAAGAGAGAGUUUUUAUUCGUGACCUCUGUCAUGAAACAACAUGGAGACACGCUGGGCUUCUUCACGCUGGGGGAGGCGGUCUCUACGGUCCCAUCGGCCAAUCAGGACGUGCUCACCUCUCGUUGUGUUUCUAUCAUGUAGCUCAGAGUCAUUUUACUGGAGUCUGAUUUAAACAUGAAUCAUAAGUGUCUUCUAGUGUAUAAAUGUAAGAGAACGAGGGAAAUGUUCCUCUCACACUGAGAACAGCAGCUUCAUCGUGUCGGCCACAGUUCAAGGGACGUUUCAUUAGUUUGUUUCCUCAGAGUCACAUGAGAAGAUUUAUUUCCUGCUGGUUUUAUCUGUGGACAGUAAUUAGCCUAGCUUAGCACAAAGACUGUUCAGUUAUGAUUUUCUUUAUCAUGUGUUGUUUUAUCACCCAGCUUCUCUUUUUAUAUGUUAAAGACAUGAAAGAACUUUUCUUCUCUUGAUGUAGCUCGACUCUCUGGACACAGAUGAUUCAUAUUCUCUUGUUGCUCUGAGUGAAACAAACAUCAGAGAGUAAAGUAAGAACGUUGAACCAGCUGAUUUUUGGCUUUUAGAUUUGUCUCUGUUAGCCUGUUAGCCUCUUUUAGCUCAUUUGUUUUAUUUCACUGUACAGUUUUAGAGUCUCUGUCAUCAACACCUGUAGAAAACAGUUUCUAAGCUUGAGGACGUUACCUGGCUGUUAGCAUCAGUUUGUGGCUGCUGUGGAUCGACCGAUUAUCGGAUGCAAUAAUCAGCAAUUACUUGUGACAUGUAACCAAUCACGCUGAAGGUGUACACAGACGCCGCAGCACAGCUGUUUGUCGUGUGUGAGACAACAGACACAAUCCUCCACACUGAAGUUACAGAAACAAAUACUGGUUAUCGGUCUCAUUGAUAACUAAUAAUCCACAUCAGAAUCAGCCCUGAAAAAACAUCGGUCCACCUCCAUGUGCUGCCAUUACAUAAUCAUCACAGAGCUAACCAUCUGUUUCUGCUUCCCCAUUAUCAACAACUCAACCAUCAGAAUACAGACCAAUGUGUGUGUCUUCCCUCAGCACUCUGAGCUAACGACAGCAAAGACUUCUGGGUCAUCGAGUCCACAGAUUUGUUGGGUUCUUAUCUUUCAGAGAAACUGAUGCUUCGCUCUUCAGAUGUAAUGGUAGCACAGUACGGAGCUAGCUAGCUAACUAACAGACAGACAAAGCUAACGAUUUACUGGAGAACAUGUGGAGCAUUUAGCAGCUAAAGAGCCAGAUGUUUUUGUUUUGUUUUUUUUCUCAGGAGAUAUUGGAGAAAAAAGUAGAGUAAAAGAAAAGUGACUUAGAUUCAUCAGAUGGACACAAACACAACUGUUAAUGAGUGAAGAGAAAGUGGUUUAACUGCAUCUCCUUUAGGUUGUUUUGAUGUUGUUGUGUCCCCUAGUGGCCAAAAUGGAAAGUGCAGCUUUAACUGGUUCAUCAAUUGAUUAAUUUACUGUCCUUUGAUUAAAUCAUUAUUUUAAGCAGUAACUAAUAUUAAUGUUGGUAAUAAUUGGACACGUAUUUAAGUGCCAUCGCUCGUCUGUAUUGAAUCUUCUUUUUCGUAGCAAUAACUCGUCAGGAUUUCUGUCCCAUCAGGAGAGAGGAGAAGAAAACAGAGAAGGUUUAAUUCUGUCGCCCCUUCAAAUCUCUAUUUUUAUAAUAAUCACUAAAGCACUUAUGAAUAAAAAAAAGGACUCGACAUGCAAACAGCAGCACUUUAAAAUCGAGCUGUAACUCCUCUCAUCGCUAAAGAAACGUCUCUGCUGCUUGAAAACUAACGUCACACUGAAUAUUCAGGGCUCCAAGAGAAACACAGUCUGCUCACAUGUGCAUUGCAACGGCUACUAAACUAUCCUAGUAUAUUUAAAAGAAAAGAGAACUGUAAAAAUGUAUAUGUUUAAAAUUAUAAAUAUAAAUAUAUAUAUAUAUCAUUUUGGUCAUAUUCUACAUUAACGCUGUCUAUUUUCGUAUGACUGUGCACUGUGUGAGCGUCCACCAUCUUUUCUCCUCAUAGCUGUUUCUGCUUCUUCAUGUUAUUUUACUGACAUGAGGUAUAUUUCAUGUUAUUGUUGAAAGUUACAUUUUUCUACUGUGUUCUGUGAAUAGUGACCUUCAUGUUUGUUAUGUUCAUAUUCUGUAAUAAUGAGUUUCUUCUGAGGCGUAAAUCAUUCACUUUUCUAAACUGGUGGUUUUUGUCUUUUUUUCUCCAUCAUGUUUUGUUUUGUCUCUAGUGGAUCAUUUUCUAUGGAUGUUGUUGCUCUUCUGAUUCUUUCUUGGUUCUUUUUAUAUUUUACAUGUUUCUUUUUAAAAGUUCUCUUCUUUUCAACUUGAGUUCAAAUUGUGACCUUUUACACUGUAGAAAAAAAAGAAAUUUACAGCCUUUGAAUAAAAAACGUUGAAAUGA